UCAUCAUGCAUUUCUUUUGGAGGGAUGAAAAGGGUGGCCAGUCUUUCUUUAUCCUCAGAGGCCCUCCGUGGGACCAGCCAGCUUCCCAAGGCACCUGAGUGGAAACUUCUUUAGGGAUCUGGUGGCAGCUGAGCUUCAAAUUCACCUGUGAGUGAAUUUGGACAGCACAGUGUCCCACAGCUGUGGUCGCAGCAUGCUGUGGUGCAGUGUCCCUCAGCCAUCUCACAUGCCUGACAUUGCAUCUGGGAGGGAAAGAAGAACGGCUUGGAGCAUUGUGUGAAGUUUUGUAGUGUUCUAAAAACAAAGAAGGAGAAUUCAAAACUUGUUACAGCCUUUUUCUUUUUUUUUUCUUUUCUUUUUUUUCUUUACUACAGAGAAAGGUAGUAAAUAACUAACAGAAGACAGUUGUUUCUAGAGCCUGUUUUAGCUAAAAUAACGGGGGUUAAUUAUUAAACCUUUUACUUGGUUGCCCACUUGUGCUGCUGAUGCUUUAAUCCUGGGUCACAGAAAGUUUAAGAGUGCUUUACAGGGGAGGCUCACUUCUUUUGCCUCAACCUUUCCACACUGACGGGAUGUUACGGGUUUUGUUGCUUAUUCUCUCUCUAGUUGCCAUUGCACAUACAGAGCUCUGCAAGCCGGAUGCACAGAAUGCUUUCAAAGUCCGGCUUAGUAUCAAAACAGCUUUGGGAGAUAAUGCAUAUGCCUGGGAUGCUAAUGAAGAGUACCUCUUCAAAGCAAUGGUGGCUUUUGCAAUGAGAAGAUAUUCCAGCAAGAGAACAACUCGAAUUUCCAAUGUGCUGCUCUGCAACGUGACGGAUCGAGUGUCAUUUUGGUUUGUGGUCACAGAUUCUUCCAAAAAUGUGACUACUGUCCCUGGAAGUGAGGUAGAGGCAGCCAUCAGGAUGAACAGGAACAGAAUCAACAGUGCCUUCCUACUGAGUGACAAAACACUGCAGUUCCUGAAAAUAACCUCAACCUUAUCACCUCCUGUUGAACCCUCCACGCCUGUCUGGCUUAUUGUAUUUGGUGUUGUUCUUUGUCUCAUUGUGGCUGGAAUUGUUUUGCUCGUUGUUGGAGGGAUUCGGCAACACAAGAAAAAGAGCAAAGAGUCAACAGAGAGAGAAAGUCUAGAAGAGAAAGACGAAGUGACAGUAACAGCAGAAAAUGGAAUUCCUUGCGAAGUGCUGGAUUUAAAAGCAGGCCACAUUAAUGGAGUCUUUGCAGCAGAUGAUGAACGGUUCACAUCCUUAUGAAAUGCUGCCAUUACUAUCUGGCAGCUUUUUAAAAAAACUCCUGUGCCUACCUUAUCUUGCCACUACUCCUGAAUGUCAAACAUGAAGACAAGAAGAAUGCCCUUUCACUUAAUUUCCCUCAAGAGAACCUUUUGCUGAUAGCACACUUAAACCGCCAUGACAAAGCAUUUGUUCAUGAGCAAAGCAAAUGAGAAGACCUCAAAUGAUACCCAUUAAAGAUUUCCAGAAGAUGUGCAGCAAAAUGGAUUUGAAACCUACCUUGUGUCAGGCAUUUAAUUUUUAAUAAUUAUUUAAAUAUGUCCAUUGCAUGUUUUUCCCAGUUGUAAAUGUGAAACUGUAUUAUUCCUGAAUGUCACUGAGGAGAUCAUCUAUCAUUGUCAAUUCUUGUUGGGCUUUCUUUCAAGCCAUAUACAAAAGUUUUUCUGUAAAAUUACCUCUGUUUGCUUAUAUGCAGGAUGCCUUUGGAUGGAAUAGUGAUCAGUGCAUGAAAAUUUUCAUUUACUGAGGAAAGAAAAAGCAAGCUUUCACAGCCGCUCUGAGGAGGUUUAAAAGCAGGUGCGUCAUCUAUAGCUUGAGGGCUAGCAAAGAUCUGGUACUAAAAGUAUUUUUCACUUAACAGCCAAAGUUACAGAUUAGAUGACCUGUAAAUUAAAAGCUGCAAAAGUUGGAAAGCUGUUGAAAUUAAAAGUUGCAACAAAGGAGAGAUUAUUCAAAGGUGCAUUCUGUGUUUAGUGGCCCAGCUGUCAUUAAAUCCAUGAGGGCAUUUCACAGCUCUUUGAAAAAAUCUUCCUUACAUUUUAAAAUAAUACAAUUAGAGUAGAUUUCCAAAACGUAUCCAACCUGGGAUCAGAUGAACCUUCAUGUGACAGCUGGAUAGCUUUUGAAAAGAUUGAGUGCUCAACACACCAGCUGCUGGGUUUUGUGCACCCAACCUGGAUGAGAACGUGUAGGUGGUGGUAAGUCACCAGAGACCAUUCAGACCUGUUUCCUCCUUGUAUGGCUGGGACAUGAGCAUCAAAUGGUGCCAGACCUUAAACUUCAGUGUUGGAUUACUUGGAAGUCAGCCAGAUGUCAGACUGUGCUGUCUGUGCUCUGAUCCUGUUCCCAUUUAAAUCAGUGCUCAAACUCAGACUCAUUUCAGAAGAACUGGGCCCCAGUAAAGGGGUGUUAUGUGUGUGAGUAAUUGUACACAGAGAAUGGAAAUGUGUUGAAGCAAAAUACAGUAACUGCAAUCACCAAACAGCUACCCGUGUCACUGAAGGCAGGAUUUGACCAUUAGUCGUCCUGUUUCCAGUCUCACGUUUGGAGGCAAUAUUCGAAAGCUCAUUUAUUUGUUAGGGUUAUUCCAUCAGACUCCGCACCAACAGGAAUAGGGUAAACCAGGGUAAAAGCUGCUUGUAAAGGAACAUCCAGCAUCCUGAAGGGCACAAAGGUUUCUUAUCUGCCAGGAUACAAAUCCUUCAGUGUUUUUUUCUGUAUUGAGCACAUUUGGCUUUUCAUUUGACUCAGCACUGGUUCUUGGGAAAAGGGUGAGCAGAAGGGGAGGAAUGGUGAGGAGACAGAAAGCAGUGGAGCAAAGGGAGGAAGCUGAGUGGGGGAAGCUUGAGGCUAGGGGAGGCAGGAAGAGGAGGGCUAAAUGUAAAAUAAAACUCUGUAACCCAUUGA